UAGUUGGGGAUUCAAAGAACCGGUCCAACGGUAAAGUAGUUGAAAAGAUGAAAACGCUAUCACAAACAUUUCGUUCCAUCAAACGCCCAAUUCCAAACCCUAAAUUAUCUUCGUCUCCUACAAAAUCAGAAUUAAAAAUCAACGACAAACCAAAAUCAGAAUCAUGGUCUGUUUAUCUCAUUCUCUCCACCAAUCAUCCAAUCAAAACCUACGUUGGCGUCACCACCAAUUUCCCUCGCCGUUUGAAGGAGCAUAACGGUGAACUUAAAGGUGGUGCAAAAGCUUCCCGUGCUGGAAGGCCGUGGAUUUGUGCAUGCAUUGUUUGUGGCUUUACAAACCGAAGUGAAGCUUGUGUAUUUGAAUCAAAAUGGAAAGCUUUGUCAAAGAGGAUUCCACGCAAAAAUCAAAACGACAACGACGAUUCCUCCCAGAAAAGUGAAGAUCGGUCACGUACACUACUGCAACACAGGCAAGCAGCUUUAAAUAGAGUGAAAAUCUCACUUGACUGCACAAACUUAGAAAUUAAUUGGCAUUUGGAUCCACUUUGAUUCAAAUCUACCAUGAUGUACGUGUAUUAAUUUAAUAAUAACUGGUAAUAUAUAUUCAAAUGCCAAAGCAUAGGCCAAAUAUUUAACAUCAACUGUACCAUACACAACAAUUGAUUGUUUUAAUAAAAGAUCUCUAUGUAAUACCUAUAUCUAAAAGGUGAAUUCUUUGGUACACAUUUUAUUUAAUGUGUACCGGUACAUUUGCUUAUAUGGACAAUUGUGAUAAGUUUACAAAUAGUGCUUAUUAAUUUUUUUAUAUUAAAAUACUAUUUGUGGACCUAUUAGAAUUGUCCGCAUCAACAAUAUACUGACCAAGGUUUAAUUUGUUUACUCAAAAUAAACAAAACUCAAUAAAAUAGGCAUUACUUUUGCAAAAUCAAAAUGACUAAACUUUGACAUAUGACUAAGGUUUGUUUGUUGUGUACCACAAAAGUAACCUUUAUGGUGUAAUUUAAUCCAUAUCAUGUGA